ACUAUACUGUUGUGUCUUAAGCUUAACAUUCGUUACACAGAUUCUGACUUUUAUUCCUUCCUUUUCUCCGCAGUUGAACUGUUAAAAAGCCGCCUAUUCAGCCACCUGCUACAAAAAUGGGUACCCCAGAAGAUGUUUGGAGAAAAGAUCUGAAAAUGAUCCAUGGCUGUCCCAUGGUCUAUGCUUUUGCACUUGACUGGGAAAGGAUUGAAGAGUUCCAGAGCAGAAAAGAUGACCUUGUGAUAACCACAUACCCUAAAUCAGGUACUACUUGGAUUAGUGAAAUUGUAGACAUGGUUCUAAAUGAUGGAAAUGUUGAAAAAUGUAAGCGAGAUGUCAUUACUUCUAAAGUUCCAAUGUUGGAACUGACUAUCCCUGAACUAAGAAUAUCAGGUGUUGAAUACUUAAAAACAACUCCAUCGCCUCGGAUUAUAAAGACACAUCUACCAACCUAUCUACUCCCAAAAUCUUUCUGGGAGAACAAGUGCAAGGUGAUUUAUCUGGCUCGAAAUGCCAAGGACGUAGCUGUCUCGUAUUAUAAUUUUGAUUUAAUGAAUAGUGUACAACCUCUUCCUGGCACCUGGGAAGAAUAUCUGGAGAAAUUCCUAGCUGGAAAUGUGGCUUAUGGUUCAUGGUUCAGUCAUGUUAAGAAUUGGUGGGAAAAGAAAAAAGAUCAUCCACUACUUUUCUUAUACUAUGAAGAUUUGAAACAGAACCCAAAGGAAGAAAUCAAAAAGAUUGCCAGCUUUCUAGGCAAGACCUUGGACAAGGAGACCUUGGACAGGAUCAUCCAUCACACCUCCUUUGAAAUGAUGAAGGACAACCCCCUGGUCAAUUAUACCCAUUUGCCCCCAUCAAUAAUGGAUCACAGCAAGUCCCCUUUCAUGCGAAAAGGUGUUGUUGGUGACUGGAAAAAUUACUUCACAGUGGCCCAAAAUGAGAAAUUUGAUGCCAUCUAUAAGAAGGAAAUGUCUGGAACAACACUGAAGUUCUGCACAGAGAUUCAAAGCGCUUAAGCUGCAACUUGAAAUAGUAACUUGACCGAGAAGUCAAAUAAAUUUGUGAAGGAGAAAUAUGCUUUUAAAACACUGAU